AUGGCUUGGUUUCAGCGUCGGCGUUAUCAGAACGGCUCCCAGCCCCAGCCUUAUGUCCCCCAGCCGUAUAACCCUCAGUUGCCUGUACCGCUCAGCCACCACCGUCACCACCAGCAUCGCAGGGAGCGUGGACAUACAGGCGGCACGACGUUCCUCCUUCUAUGCGCGUUCAUCCUCUUCCUCCUUGUAGCGCUGUCCUUGCCCAUCAUCAAACCCAUCUAUCUAUUGCAACUGGAUGGUAUCAUAACCAACAACCAGCCGGAAACAAGCAUUGGGACGCAAGUGAGAUUCGGUGUAUGGGGGCUUUGCGUGACUAGCGCUCUCGACCAACCCACGCUCUUCACAAACGAUGGCGUUUGCAUUGGUCCGCGAUUGGGUUACACGGUCGACCCUUCAAUACUUUCUCUCAUAGGCAAUGAACAACUUAUUUCAAUCGUCCUGAAGGGAGUCACGAUUCUCCUUAUCCUACACCCUAUUGCUGCGGGUCUCUCCCUCGCAACCCUGAUCCCCAUCUUGCUCUCCUGCUGCUGUGGUCAUCACGCUGCCUGGAUUCUUUCUCUGAUAGCCAGCAUUGUCACUGCAAUUGUAUCCUCUGUUGUUCUGGCGGCUGAUUUAGCUCUUGUCAUAAUCGCACGGAACAAGGUCAAAGACCUCGCUCUGGGCACGUUUGAUGUAAAAUUUGGUAAUGGAGUUUGGAUGAUGGUCGCAGGCGUUGCUCUCAUUUGGCUUUGCGUAAUCCUGUUGUCGGCUAGGGCGUGCUAUUGUUGUGGAUUCAGAAGGAAAUACGAUUACAGGUACUAA